UGAUAUCACCUGGAUCCACCCUUGAUCGAACCUAGUAGUAUAUAAACCCUCAGCAUCCCACCAUUCCACUCACAACAGCACACCAUGUCUAUCGAAGAAGGUCACAAAUACAGACUCGUCAACGCCAAGAGUGGUACCACUCUUGAUCUCUCUGGGGGCGACAACAAGUCCCUUAUUGGAUACGACUGGCACGGCGGAGAGAACCAGAAGUGGAUCCUUGAACGACAGGGUUCUGGCUGGACUUUUAAGAACGCUGCCUCUGGGCUCUACUUCUCCGUCGAGGGCAAUGCCGAAGACGGGUCUCCAGUCACUGCCUCGGAAAACCCUACUCAAUGGGACAUCUGGCCCGACGAGGAGGACGGCUCGGUUUAUCGGAUUUUCCUGCCCAACACUCGUUUCAACAUUGAUCUCGCUGAUCAUGGUAAUCCUACCCCAGGAACUCUUGUGACGCUGUGGAACAAGUGGCACCCCGGUGUCAACCAGUGCUGGCGUUUCGAGCAGGCUGAUUGAACGCUGAUGUUCGGGAAAGGACGAUUGAUUCUGAAAGGAUGCACAUGUACAAUAGCUUGAUGCAGGGUUGAUGCACAAAAUGAAUACUGUAUCGUUG